AUGCUGCCAUCACAACCACCGUUCUCUUCCGAAGGAGGAAAAGCAACACCCGUCAACUACAUUGAAUUAUUUUCAAAAGUAAAGAAUUUCUUGUACAAUGAGGAAGUUUUAAAAGACUCGGAUGAAAAUAUUAUCCAACAAGCAUGCUCUCAACAUUAUAUUAAAUUAGAGAAAAAGGGUUAUUCGUACUUUCCGGACUUUUUGCUGUACAGUAAAUCUUUGAAAUCGGAGCUUGAUGUUCUAAUACUCAGUUAUAACAAGAUUCAAUCCAUUCCUCCUGAAAUUAUUCAAUUUGAUGCUCUAAAAGUAUUAGAUUUGAGUCACAAUCAUAACAUCAAAAACUUUACUUACGAACUAAUGAAUUUAAAGAAUUUAAAGGCAUUGGAUUUAAGUUAUAACAGAGUGGAGAAAAUACCAGAUGCUUUCUUUGAAAAGAUGGUAUCAAAAAUAAUGGUUUUGAAAUUGAGUAGUAAUAAUAUUAGUUUUAUAGGGAAUGGAAAUUGGAGUAAUUUAGCGUCCACUUUGAUCGAGUUAGAUUUAGCAGAUAACAAGUUGUCCAUCAUUCCACAUACCAUUUGUGAUUUAGUUAACUUGACCUUUUUGAAUUUUGCAGGUAAUCAAAUAUCUGUCAUUCCAAAGGAGUUUUACAAGUUGACCAAAUUAAAGCAACUCAAUCUGAAUAGGAAUAGAAUAAGAGAACUACCAACAAUAGAACUCGAAGAUGGACGCUCUGUCUGCGUGUUUUACAACAUGAGAGGGCUUGAACAUUUUGACAUUUCUCGAAAUUCAAUUCAUGCAAAAGAUUUGAGAGGUUUAGGUUCAAUCACUUCUCUCAAGGCCUACUUAUUCUCAAACAACAAACUAACACAUCUUUCAAGCAGGUUUGAGGUUACCAACAUGUGCAAAAACCUUCAGAUUAUUGACAUUUCCAAUAACGAGCUUCAGGACCUACCUACAAUACUUGCAGAUACUGUUGGCAAAUAUGUGACAGAGCUGAACAUUUCAAACAAUUAUAUUUCAACUUUGGGAGAAAAUUUUGGAAAAUUUAUAGCUCUGAAGCGUUUACUCAUGUCAAAAAAUUAUAUAACUGAAUUACCGACAUCAUUUGCUCGAUUACAUAGCUUGAUUGUGCUAAAAGCAAGCCACAAUGAAAUUUCUGUCAUUCCUGAAGAAUGUUUUAAUGAAAAUAUGAAAGAACUCAAAGAUAUUGACUUGGAUUAUAAUUGUUUACGUCAACUUCCCAAGAGUAUCGGAGCGCUUGAGAGUCUAAUCUCCUUACGUGUGGAGCACAACACAUUAAUGACAUUACCUGAUACGAUUGUAAAUUGCCCUUAUUUGUACGGUAUUUAUGCUGCCUAUAAUGAGCUAUCAAGCCUUCCUGAAAAUAUAGGUUCAUGUAAAAGACUACGAAAAAUCCAUGUAGAAUAUAAUUUCCUGAAAGCUCUCCCACCAAGCUUGAAAAAUCUGAAAUAUUUAGAAAUUAUUAAUUUUGAUCAUAAUUCUAAGGAGCUCAUUGAAUUUAUGAAAAAUCAAAUAGAGCUCGAUAAAGCUGAGAAGGAGAGAAUUCUUGCUGAAUAUACUGAAAAGUAUGAAAAGAUGAAAAAUCAGACCAAAGGUUUCUUGGAAAAAAUCAGCAGCGUACGUAGAAAGAAAGAUUUCUUGGACGGUAGCAUCAAUGAGGCAAUCUCAUCAACCUCAGUAGUUGCUGCAAGUAGUUCCAACAAUAUUUCCACAUCAAAGGAUUAUGGUAGUUCCUCGACAAAUGUAUCGGUGGCUGCUGCAAUUGAAUCGUCAUCCACUCCACAGCAAGGCGCAGAUAUGAUGAAAACUCCUGCAGAAUUCAUGGCAGAGCAAACGUUUCUUUCUGAUAUUUUGCAAACCAAAACUAAGGAAGUACUGCAAUGGAGAAGAACCACACAGUGA